AUGGUGAUGAUUAUGGCGAAGAAAAAAUUGCAGAGGGCAGACAAAGGAGCGGAAAUUGAGGGAUUAAAAGAGAGAAGAGAGAGAAAGGGAGGUGUAGAAAGAGAAAGGGAGGGUACGCUCGGACCGAUUGUGAAGUAUUGCUUGGCCUCAAGGAAUAUCCAAGUCAAAAACUCGUUAGAGUCCCUGAAGCACCUCACCUCAUCAGCUCGAGUUGAUAAUGCUUUAGAAAACGAGCUCCCUGGAGUGAUGACAGGAAAGAGGCUCGACUCCUCUCAUGAGCUUGUUCCACGUUUGGACGAGUUGGGCUUACAGGUUGGCGUUCUCGGCAGUCUUGGCCUCAAGCUCCAAGGUCAAACGAGUGACAUCCCCCUUAGUGUAGUUGACCAGAGCCCGCAGAGUGACGUUGGCAGCCUCAAGAUCUUCAACCUUUUCUUUCAACUUGGAGACAUCAUCAGAGUCGCCAUUCAAAGCCUCAUGAAGGAUGGGGUCUAG